AUGGUACACCUUGUGGCUGUACCAGAGACAAUCACGGCAAGUGGCUGUGCUUGUGUCUUUAUUGACACCAUCUUCCGACUUCAUGGGUUGCCCCGUGAACUCGUAUCAGACAGAGAUCCACGAUUCACUGCUGAUUUCUGGCGUUCCGUGUUCAAAUCACUCGGAACGCGCUUGAAGAUGUCAACAUCUGAUCAUCCAGAGUCAGAUGGUCAGACGGAACGGGCCAAUCGUGUCCUUGAAGAGAUACUUCGAGGAUACGUACACUCCUUUAAGAGUUGGAGUGAGUUUUUGCCAAUGGUAGAGUUUGCCAUCAACAACUCGGUGCAUGCGUCCAUGACACAUACACCGUUUUACGUGAAUGGCUUGCGCAAUCCGCGUGUACCCACCUUACUAGAGUGUAACUCUGGUUUAAGGGGGGGAGGGACUCGCGCGAGCAAAAACCGAAUUGGUUCACGCUCAUCACGCUCUGACGAAGAAGUCAUUGCGUUUGAUGCCGAUAUCGAUAACAUCGAUAUCGAAGAAGAUGAUGCCAGUGAGAGUGCGGAAGCCCUCACUAAAGAAGAUGAUGCCAGUGAGAGUGCGGAAGCCCUCACUGAAGAAAAGGUUGAUGUUGCUGCAGUGCGCUCACAGCGGACUGAAGCUGACGAGUCAUCAGAUGAGUUCAUACUGGCUCGUGAAACGGUAGUCCGUUUUGUGCAAGACUCCAUCGCCGAAGCGGUGGAUAAGCAAAAGCAAAACGCUGAUAAGAAUGGAAGGGCAAACACUCUUUUAUUUAAUCAAGGUGACUUAGUCCUACUGUCUACGGUUAAUCUACCAAAGCAUGUAGUGACUAACUUGGGUAGCAGUAAACUACUACCCAAGUACAUCGGCCCAUUUCGUGUAUUGCACCGCCUAGGCAACGCAUACACGAUCGAGCUACCACGUAAGAUGCGAACGCAUCCCACGUUUUACGUUGGUCGGCUUAAGCCGUACCAUCAGUACGCUGCUUCUUCCGAUGAAGAACGCCCUUGCGCUCAAGCAUCUCACAUAGAGCCUUGUGCUCCCGAUGGUGGAUAUCAACAAGGGUCUGAAGAGCAGUUAUCUCAGCCUAGACCGAUCAAUAUCCACACGAGCUACCCUUAUCUCGUCACGCAGAGAUGUCAGAGAUCUCUCGUUCUCAAGCUGAGCAAAGGCAAACUCAGCUCGAUGCUUCAAGGCAGUGUCCGCCAUUUGGAGACGCCUAUUCCGCUCAUGUUCGAGAUCGCCGCGUAA